AUGUGGGAAUUUCGGGUGGUUCGGAUGCGGGGGUGGUUCGGAUAUAGGGUGGGGGAGUUACUGCCUGUAUAUCUACAAGCACCAACACCAUCGCACCUCAGUGAUAUAGUUCGCAAUGAUACGUACGACUUCGGCUGCAGAGCUGUUGCGAAACCAAACGAGGAUAGCAGUCACUACAGACUUCAUGCUUGGCUGACUGAGGAGCAAAUAGAGUAUCUGUCCAAAGAGUAUGAGUUGGUGCCGGAUGUCUCGAUUCACAAGACGGAUUUGCAUAAGAGGGCCACUGCUCCAAUUGGCACUGGCGACCGCUUCGGCGCUGGAACCAUCUCACCAGUUGGCCUUGGAACGCAACCUUCCGGAAAGACUAUCGCCAGUAUUAUGAACGUCGCUGAGAUCAAGUCAGCCACCGACGCCCUUGUCAAAAACUACGGAAUCGGUUCAAUCAUUCUGCCCUCCAAGACUUUCAACGGCGCUUCUCAGUACGCCUACUAUGCCGGGGCUGGAACCGAUAAGUCAAAGUACCAUUUGUACUUCAGUGCUGGAGUGCAUGCCCGUGAGCGGGGUGGUCCGGACAACAUUAUCUACUGGGUCUCAGAUCUGCUCGCUGCAAAUAAGUCUGGAAGUGGCCUGAACUAUCGCAGGAAGACCUACACCAAUGCCCAAGUCAAGAGCGUUCUUGCUGCCGGUAUCGUCUUCUUCCCUCUUGUGAACCCGGACGGGGUCACCUACGACCAAUCUUCUGGGUCUUACUGGCGAAAGAAUCGAAAUACAAAAUCUGGCUCCAAUGGUAACUCGAUUGGUGUCGAUAUUAAUCGCAACUUUGACUUUCUUUGGAAAUUUAAAAAGUACUUCGACGCCUCUGAAGCACCUGCAUCCACUUCGCCGAGCUCAGAGACCUUCUACGGUACUGCUGCUGCCUCGGAGCCCGAGACCAAGAACCUUGUCUCCAUCUAUGACUCGUUUCCUAAUAUCAGGUGGUUCAUGGACAUUCAUUCCGCCGUCGGCGAUCUUCUCUACAGUUGGGGCGAUGACGACGAUCAAACGACCACCUCUACUAUGAAUUUCCUCAACUCUGCUUAUGAUGGGAAACGUGGCACUGUGGGCGACUCUACGUACAAGGAGUACAUUCCGGCUACCGACCUCACCAACAUUAGGACUGUGGCCAGUGCCACUAUCAACGCCAUGAAGGCAGUUGGUGGCCGCUCAUACUCGUCUGCUCAAGCAGUUGGCCUUUACCCUACGUCUGGUGCCAGUGACGACUACUCCUUUUCCCGAUUGUGGGCGAAACCUGGUGUCAAUAAGGUUUAUGCAUAUACAUUGGAGUUUGGUCCUUCUGGUAACUUUUAUCCAACUCUGGCCGAGUUCAACACAAAUAUUCUGGACACAAAUGCUGGAUUCAUGGACUGGGCAUUGGCAGCGAUUGGCGUUGGUAUAAAUUAA